AUGUACACUGACGAAAAUUCCGAUCGUGAGAGUGAAUACGAGGAGAGGAGCCCCGACGAGAGUCCUAAUGUAACAAAAAAGUCAGUAUCCACUGUUGGGUUCAGAAACAAUCCUGAGAAUCAGAAUGCUCGGCCACUAGCUCUGCGUUCAACACAAUCCUUCACCGGGGCCAUCGAAGAAUUACGCUUUUCUAACAAUUUCCAACGACUCAAUCUUUGCAAUAGAACAAACGGCUCAUCCCCGCAAAAACUGACCGCAGGAUGCCCAUGUGGGUGUUAUUUAAGACCGGCCGCGUUAGUGCCCUUCAGGACGAGAGAGCGAAACACUCUAGCAUUACACGUAGUGUCACCGGAGGUACUAAACUAUCACGGAUACAACUUUGAACCGAACCAAAUAGCUAUGUUUUGGAAGAAAGACUGCAGAAUGUUUCUUUGGAAGGGCAAAAACAAAAGACAAGCAAUAUGA